GUCAAACACGAAAUCUAUGUCACAAUCAGAAAACAGAUGUACACGAGUACACAACAACUCAAAACAGAAACACUAAAAAACAUAAAAAAAUCGCAAAGGCAUAUAAAACAGUCAUAAAAAACACAAGAAAUAAAGAUAAAACCACCUCCUUCAAGUGCAAGACUAAACAGAGUACAAAUUAUAUUUUGUAAAAAAUAACUGAAAUAUAUAAAAUGGAAACGGAACCAAGUGAAGAACCUCAAAACGAAAUGUUGGAGGAAAAUGAUACUGAAGACGCAGUACUAGUUGUAGCUGAAGACGUUGUCGAAAUUUCGCCAGAAGAUAGUAAAGAGUCCAUUUCAGUGCCUUUCAAAAGAGUUUCCACCAUUUCGAGGACCAGUGAGAUGGUGAUGAAAGAAAUGAAAAAGGAGGAAAAGAGGUUGAUGUUGAAGGAAGUCAUGGAUCGGUUAAAGAAGCGUGAAGCCGAGGAGAUGGAGGAGGAGGCGAGAAAAAGAGAAAGGGAAGAGGAGCUGAAUCUGAUAAAAGAAGAAAUAAGUAAAAAGUCGCUGGCCAGCAUUCAAAGGCGCCAGUCCAGAGUUGAAAAGGAGGAGCAGGAUGAGCAAUUGUUAUGGACCAAGCUCGAUGAUGAUAUCGCCAGUGACACGGUAAGAACCUCCCGAAACUCGGAUUUGGUCUCUUUCGCCACUACUUUGGUCGCAGCUGAUGCUGACGAAGAAGUCGACUUGCCCGAACCAAUCGAAUCUUCCUCGGAAUCGGAGUCAGAAGAUCCAAGGAUCCAGCGAACCAAAAGCAUCAAUCCCUUGCAGAUGGCGGUCAAAUCGCUGAUGCUGGUGCCCAGUAUCUCUGAUAUAUCGCUGUCAAGCGAGCCGGUUGUCCAGCGGAAAACACGCAGGUCUCUAAAAUCAGAGAAGCCUUCAAAUUUUAUAGAUCCCCUAGCCGAUGAUACCGAGAGCCUCGGUUCCGAAGCCGCGGAAAGGGAAUCCAGCAAAACUCACAGCGACACCCGCUCUGUCGUGGACGAUCUAUUCGGCGACUCGGAGUCGCUGCAAGAGUCGUCCAUGGAGAUUAUUGAGGACGUCCCAAUAACAGAAACUACCGAUAAAGACUCCCAACAAUACAUGGAUUUCGAAAGCUUUUUCCCAACCAGUGCGGCAAAACCCGAAUCAUCCGCAAUCGACGUGGCAGCCGAACUUAGGUUCAUAGAGACGCAACAGGUGGUUCGCGGAUUCCUGAACCAAUUAAUAAAGAGUGUGGUCAUGGCAGAGCGGCCGGGCACCGAUGAAUAUAUCCGGUGUCGACUGGACAAGGAGAAGCUACUUGCCGCCCUCCAGAGUGACGUGCACGAUCACCUCAUUACUAAGGAUAUUCACACAAUGCUCGAGGAUCGUAUGAUCGAGUACUAUCGCCGCAUCAAGAACAAGCGUCCCUUCGACACACUUUCCCUGACCGACGAGGUCAACUAUGCCAUUCGUCAUGAGCACGCCCUGUCUUAUUUGUCCUAUGCCCAAGAGCGCCUCUCCAAGGUCAAGAACAAAUGUAGUUUUCUAAUGUCCGCGGCGUUGUUGGACCUCUCGCAUGCCAUGCACAUCGCUGUCAGCACGGAGGAGCAUCUGGAGCAGACGAUUCGACGCCUCCUGGCGCGACCGGACGCCGAGACCGACUUCCUCAAGCGGUUUGUGGCCCGCGAGCUGCGACUGAUGGCGGAGCACCGGAACAGAAUUAGUGAUACCCGGCUGUUGCUCAUCUCAAAUAAACACACAUUAAGCCGCAUCACAGAGAAAAUAAAAGAUAUAGAGACAGUGUGCGAUGGCGUGAGCAUGAAAGACUUUAUGAAUGUCCAAACCAAAGUGUAUGCAUUAGAAAAAAAGAUUGAAGAACGAAACCUUGAUCUGAAAAAGCAGCGCACCCAAUACCACACGGACCUGCAUUUGACUAAGCAUGCUCGAGAAAAGUCCCUGGCACUUAAGAACAAGCUGCAUAAGCUAGAGGAUGAGCUGCUAGAGAAGAAUGAGAUUAAACAUAGACUGAAGAUUCAGCUCUGUCGGGCGAAAGUGGAGCACAAAAAGAUAAGGGGGCAGAUGCAAGAGUUGACCUACCAGGGCGGCCUCCUGGCAAUGCCCGCUUUGAUGUACGACUUCGAUCGAACGGUGGAUUACCUUCGGGAAAAGCAGGAAAGUGUCUCCAGUCUAAGGGAAACCCUGAAAUCCAUUACAAAUCGAAUCGAUGCCAUGGUAAUCGAGGAGCGAUCAACGAAGAGUCUAAUAUUCCCAUAAGGUUCCUAAUGCUUUUCAUCCAAAUACAGUUUUCUACAAGCAUAAUUCAGAAUUUGUCAUUCCUUAAUACUAUAAACAACAGGUUUAAUUGGUUAAGAGGAAAAAUCUAAGACUUCCUACUCAUAAACUCAUGCAUCAAUAAUAACCCUGAAUCGGUACAGAAAAUCUCUUAAUGAACCAUUAUAAAAA